UUAGGUUUCAGUUCUGAUGUCUCCGGCUGUGUUUCCGUGUUUCUUACAGUAGAAGGAAGGAAGAUCAUCUCCUAGUCCUUUUAUCAUCUUUAAAGAGAAGGACAUUCAGACGCCUGUCAUUUUCAGUUUUGCCUUCAUUCACACUCUGAAUCACAACCCAAUGAGAAAACAUUUAAGAAUCAAUGGCAUUCCAUAUACAAUGGUCCAUUCCUAUUCCAGUCCCAGUUCCAGUUGAAGUUAAGCCAAGGAAAACAGAUCCGUUAAUACAGUGCAUUGUUGACAACAAAGCAAAGAAAUUAAAGAAACUUGUUGGUGAAUCCAAUAUUAAUGGACUGUACUCUUCAGCAAUCUGGAAUGAUGAUGUUUCCCUCCUGACAGCAGCAGCUGUAUGUGGGAAUGAAGAGAUUUGUAACUUUCUCCUGAGAGAAAAAGCGGAUCCCAACAUACUAUCCACAAAUCACCUAACAGCUCUGCACUAUGCUGCAAAUACUCCUGGAGUUCCACUGAAUAUUGUGAGAAGAUUAAUAGCUGCAAAAGCUAAUCCAGAUGGUCAUCAACAACAGCCUUUUACACCCUUACAGUUUGCUGCCAGUAAGGACAGACUGGAUGUGUUCAAAGCACUUAUAGAAGCUGGUGCAGUCCCUGAAAGAACUUAUGGGGUAAAACCGGAUUUGGAUCAGAAAGUAGAGAAUCUAAUUAAUAAAUUACCUGUAGGAAAUAAAGUAGUAGAGAAAUGCAGACUGUUUUUCAAUUUGGCUGCUAUGGUUCCCAGAAAAACUCAGCCUGAGGUUUUUAACUUCUGUAAGGAACAUUUUUUUGAGGAACAUCCUUUUACACAUAUUCUACUUUUUGAAAUAUAUUUUGAUGUUGUGGGCCCAAAACAAUCAAUAGAACUGUAUCAACAGAGUAGUAUAAAGUGGUUGAAAGACUCUAAGAAAACAGACAUCUACAUCGAGGGAUUCAUCAAACGCUUUCCCAGAAUUCCUUUUGAACAUAGGCUACAGGCAUUAAACAGCUUACAUGCUGUAAUUUGCAUGAUGAGAGAAAUUUCCCCUCAAAUAUUUUAUACGAUCUUACCCAUUUUGAUUAAAUGUUUACUGCCAACUAAUACAGUGCAGGGAAAUAUUUUUAAUCCCCUAAUACUAAGUAUUCUUUGUGUGACUAUGGACAAGUCCUCAAAGCAAAAGCCUGCUGCUGAUAGUCUUCAGUAUGAUGUGCUUGAAACGUUAUGCAAUGCACUUAUGCCUCUCACCAAUCCUAACUGCUCAACUGAUGUCAGCAUUCUUACUUACCGUUUAUUUGCUGCUCUACAUGAGUUUGUCCCAGAGCACAUUCAUUUAUGUGGAGUAACGUCGGUGCCUGAAAGGGUUCUUCUUGCUGUAGAUAUAGGAACAGAUGAUGCAGUUAAAGAGAAACUGCGAGUACUGGACACAAAUCUCAGAUUUCCGCAAAGCGUCAGGACUGUAGAUUGCUUGGGUGAAGCAGCAGACAGCAUGUCGUCAAAGAAGAAAAAGAAGAAGAAGAAGAAGAAAAAGAAUGACAAUCAAGACACUAGCUCAAAAGAAGAUUCCAAUACUGCAAAGGCGUCAGUUCAGGAGUCGGAUUCCAGCGUGCAUCCAUAUGCAACACACACUGAGGAUUCACCAGAAAAAAGAAAAUGGCUUUCAUUGAGCCAACGAUGGAAGCCCAAGCUAGAGAAACUUGCUAGCAUAGAAGCACAUGAGGUUUAUUGCCUGAGGAAUCUUACAAUUGGUAAUAGUUCUGAAUUUGAGAUAGCCAAAGGAAGUGAUGGAACUCGUGUUUUUCUUGGUCUGAGAGAUGAUGGCACUGAGGUAGCUGUCAAACGAAUGUACAGGUCAGAAUAUCAAGACCUGAAAAAUGAAGAGCAAUUUUUACGGCUCCCUCAGCUUGAUAAUCCUUGUAUUGUGCGCUAUGUGGACUUUGCAGAGGAUGACAAUUUUGGAUAUCUUGCUCUUCAACUUUGUGAAUACACAGUGGAGGAAUACAUUCAAGACCAUUUGCCUGAAGACACUUCUCAGCAGCUACAGGUCCUGAAGAAAAUAGUAAAAGAAGUGCUCUAUAGCCUAAAUGCUCUUCACAGCCACGAUACGAACGUGCUUCAUCGAGACAUCAAACCUCAAAAUGUUCUGAUUGAUACAACCGGAAAGGCAAGACUAGCAGAUUUCGGCAUAAGCCGAAGACUGAAGUUGGGGGAGACGACUUGCCGCACUUCUCCUGCUGGAACAAAGUACUGGAAAGCCAGAGAGACUCUUGAAGAGGACAGUAACAGUGGCUACAAGAAGAGUUCUGAUGUUCAGGUUGCAGGAAUGUUAAUAUAUUACAUCCUCUCCCGUGGACAUCAUCCAUUUGGCACAGGCCCUCGAUGUGAGUGUAACAUUCUUGAUGGGAAGUACUCUUUGGUACACCUGGAGGAUGAACUGGCAAAGGACCUGGUGAAGUGGAUGAUCAGUCAUGAGCCAAAGGACAGACCUAAUGUAGAGGAAACCCUUCGCCACCCAUACUUUUGGCCAAAUAAAGAUAAAAUGGAGUACUUAAGAAAGCUGGGGAAUGAACAGGAAGUGGGGAACUGCCGCAAUGCUGAUCCAGACCUCCUUUCUGAUAUUGAGGCUGUUACAGUAGGGAAAAGCUUCUCAGACUGGAAAACAAAAUUGCCCUCUGAGCUUGUGCAAAAAAUUGAGGAUAAGAAAAAGCCCUACCCGGAGAACACACUUGGUCUGCUGCGCUUCAUAAGGAUUAUGCGUGAGCAUUACGCUGAAGAUGCCAAGACGAUAGAUUUGAUGGCAUUUUUCCCUGACCUUUUUGAAGCUGCUUUCAUCAUUGCCAAAAAGAGAGGCUGGAUCACUGCGAUGGAAUUUAUGCUUGAGAUACCAGAGACAUGACCACUUUAAAAUGCUCAAUUAUGUCUCCUUUUUUUUUUUAGUUUAUAUUUUUUAAAAAAACACCACCCUAGUGACUAUGAAUAUUUGAUACAGCUUAAUGAAUUGUUAAUGUUUUAUCCCUGUAGCUGUGAUUACAACAACCUGUUCAAUAAGGUGGCACCAAAGUUUGCUCUUUUAAGUGACCUUCUGCUAACUUCUAAUGCUGAAGUGAACACACUAUGGGCAUACACUCACUAUCAGAUGAGCAUGCAAAUUUCUUUGUAUAUAGAAAUGAUCUGAUGCUGGAUAUCUCUAUACAUAUUUUACAACCAGGGGUUUGGCUGUGUGACAUUCACAGAAUUUAAUUUUAACAGUUCACAGUUAGUUGGUAUGGGGUUGCUGUCUUUUUAUACAUCUUUUGCUUAUAUACAUUUUUGCUGAUCCCAAUAUGCUAUCAACCUCAGCAAUUUUCUAAUUGUAAUCAUUAUUGAAACAUUGACUGUUAACAAACUUUCUGUAUUAUCUGACAAUUCUAAUGUUGCUGGGUUGUUUUUUAAGGUCCAUUAACAUGCCCUCAUGAACUUGGAAGUGCCUUGCACCCAUGGCACAUAUGACAACAAUUUGUUUUUUUGUAUUCACUCAGAACCAGAAAUGAAAUUGGGUGACAUCACAUUUCUGGGCAAAUUCUGGUCCUGAAGUGUAAAUCUGUUUUGAUUAAGUCCCUUGCCCUCUCUAAGAGUUCAUUUGAUGUGAAAUGGCGUUCAGGAUUUGUUAUAUUCUUUGUUAUAUUCAGAUUUAUAUUUCUAUCAUUUAUAUUUUUACCAUUGUGAAAAAUAAAUCAGUCCCUCCAGGAUUUUGUAAUUUACAGAAAUUAAUGCUAUAUCAUGCAAAGUCUUCAAUAUUUGGCAGCGCUUGAAAUUUUUCAAAAUUACUGCAGAUUUGGGCCAAUAUGUCUCAUUUGAUGUUAUCACAACACAGUCAGCCAAGGCCCUCUUUGAUUCACACGUGUCAAACAUGACUACUGCUGUCAUACAAGGUAAUUACAAAUGUGUCUUCACCGGUAGAAGUUUAAAAGAAGAAUUCUUUUUAUAAUAAAUUCUGUUAUCAACAUA